AAUAAUUUUGUUUAUCCUCAAGUCAAAACAAAACAAAGAACAAUAAAUUAGAUGAAAUAAAUCGAAAUGGAUUGUAUUGUUAGGGAUCUUAGUUUAAAUAGUAAAAACAUAUAUACAACAUCGUCUCCUACUUUAUUUGCAGUUGUUGUACAUAAUACAUGGAUGAAGAAAUGGCUUAAAAAUAUAGACGUAGAUAACUCUGUAAAUAAUAUAGAUUUUACGCUUCAGCCAGGUGAAAGUGUUCCGUAUCCGUGGAAAAAAGUUUUUAUUAGGGUGCUAAAUAAAAAAAUAUCUAAAGUUUUGCCAUUACCCCGAUACAAAUUAUCUGAAGUAAACGAUUCACCUCUUACAUUUUCACAAUUAUUACAAUAUGUAUCACAAAAUAAUCAAAGGAAUUUAUGGAAAGAAUCAUACAAAAAAUAUUCUCUAAAUAUUAGAAGUACCAAGGAAACAGCUAUAGUAAAUUUAUUAGACCAUGACCAAUUACUCUCUGAAGUUAUUAUGAGGCUAUAUGGAACCAAUAUUAUCAAACUGAGACCGGAUGGAACUGGAAAAUUUGAAGUUAAAGAGUUGAGCAGACCUGUGUCAAAAACAUAUGAUACUCAAAACAAUUUACUGGCAGCUAUGUUUGCUUUAGAGUCUGAAAAUAACAUAUUUAUUGUAUACAGAAGUCAUUAUGAGAAUAGUCUUUUAGACUGUCUUAAUUUCAGUCCAAAUAUAAUAGAUAAGACUUAUGCUAGAGGUCUUUUUGUAAUAUAUCAAUUAUUACAUGUUUUAAAAGCAAUGGGUGAUAGAGGUCUGUGCUUGGGUUCUUUGGAUCUCAGAGAUAUUUUUUUGACUGAAGAUUUGUGGUUGCAAGUGAUGCCAUCCAUAACUAACAAUGUAUAUUGUUUAGAUCCAUCAUUAAUUUGUGAGCAAAGUCAAGGUAAACAGAGUAAUAUGCAAAGCCAAGUAGUAAAAAGCAAAAAUAAUGUAUCAGAUGAAGAAGGGUGUUGGAGAAGUAAUGCAGUGAAAUUAGAGAAGCUGUGUAUGCUAUGGGUGAGGGGACAAUUAUCUAAUCUGGACUAUCUACUUCAUUUAAAUUCUCUAGCUGGGAGAUCAGUUAAUGAUCCUCAAGCUCAUUUUAUGGUUCCUUGGGUCACAGAUUUUUCCUCAAGAUGUGGUCACAACUGGAGAGAUUUAACUAAAUCAAAAUACAGAUUAAAUAAAGGUGAUCGUCAGCUGGACAUGACGUAUGAUGUGACAGGUUGCAGUGGACAAAUACCUCACCAUGUUACUGAUGCCCUCUCUGAUAUUACUUGUUAUGUGUAUCUUGCUAGAAGGACACCAAAAGAAACAUUAUGUAAAUAUGUAAGGAACAAAUGGGUGCCCGCAGAGUACCCAGCUUCCAUACAAAGAAUGCAGGAAUGGACUCCAGAUGAGUGUAUACCAGAAUUUUAUACUGAUCCUUCAGUAUUUAAGAGCAUACAUGAAGAUCUGCCUGAUCUUGGAAUACCUACAUGGGCGACAUGUGUUGAGGACUUUAUAACAAAGCACAGAGAAGCACUAGAAAGUUCUCACGUUUCGGAAAAUCUUCAUCAUUGGAUAGAUAUAACUUUUGGUUACAAGUUAUCUGGGUCAGCAGCCAUAAAAGCAAAGAACGUGUGUCUAUCUCUUGUUGAUCAACAUAUGAAGACGCGACGUGGUACUACAGUUCAGUUGUUAGCAGCGCCACACCCACCUCGCAAGCUGAGGCCACUACCACCGGCCCCGCCCAGAUUGCGGUGGACCACACCUAGAGAUACGAGAAAAUCUGUCCGUGAUAGUUCAGAUGACAUAUCUGACGAAGAAGACGAGUCUAGUAGCCUUCCGCAACACGUAUCUCGGUUGACGGUUCCCUCGCAACGGAUGCGGCGCCAGAAAAGUUCGAGAGCUCGUUCUCUUACCAAAGGGCAAGAGGAUGAUGUCCCAUACAAUGAACACAGGGCAUCGUCCCACUCCAGACAUUAUAGAGUACAACGCUCUGAAUAUGGCCAAGCAGUUAUUUACCUCCCAAAAGAAUUUAAUCCCGCAUCUUCCAUACAGACUUUAGAGACGUUGGAUAACUUCAGGACGAAAUGCUUCUUUAGCAAGUCUGACGAUAGAGAGAGUUGUCGUUCCAAUGUUCCCGCUCUCAAUUUAUGUCCAGUAGAAGAGAAAACCGUACAAAAAGACACGGAUGAAACGGCAUUCACUAACCACAUGUUCUUAGCGUCUUAUGAUCAGCAAUUUCUAAAGAAAAUGACUCAGGAAUCUCAAUUAGAAAGUGUGCUGAAGGAAAGGAAGAGCAGAAUGUUUAAUACAAGGUAUACAACUGAUGCGAAUGUUUAUAAACAAUUCGUAACAGAGAGUCGAAGGCAAGAUAUGCUCGUAAUUGGGUGCCUUAUUGUGGAGAUAUUUCUUCACAACUACAUACGACCGUUGAGGCAGAACAAUGGUGAUUUCAACGAAAGAUAUAAGAGUUGUCGGGCGGUUUUAAAGUACAAUUUUCGUUCAUUACCGAAGUGUGUUAGUUAUAUUGCGUCCUUGUUGUUGAAUGUUCAACCUUCCAGUCUCUCUUUCAAACAAGAAUUGCAUCUACAUGAAGAGCCCCAUAAAAAAAUUGCCGUAACAGAUAAAGGGUUGCCGACCCCGACAUCGACUCAGUUACUGCAACCCCUGUUAAUGCAACAUUUGAUACCGUUUCCACAAAGCUUCAUUAUCCUACAUAGCCUUUUGAGUACCCUACAUGAAUAUGAGGUUACUAGUAAUGAGUUGAAUAUCAUAUACACAUACGAAUGUGAUGGCGUUCAGUGCGAAUCAUACGGAAACGUGGAUAAAACCAAGUUAUAUUUUGCUCAAAAAAUUGCAGAGGGAAAAGUUCAGGCAUGCAUAACCCAUUUGGGAGUGCUUCUCAAUUUAUACACUGGAUUAAAUGAUUUCGAUGCGUUGGAUAUAUUUUUACAACAUUACAUACAGCUAUUAGAAAAUAAAGAUACUUCAGUAUUAGCAGCGUGGCAUCUAUUUGAUACGAUAGCAAAAGCUUUAGGCCCGGCGGAAACGAGAAACAAACUACUCAAGUAUAUUUUAAAUCUAUACGAAGAUGACGAGUUUGUCUAUGAGAAAUCUGAGAAGGUUACCGAAAACGAUGCUACAUCGUCUGCUAUAUUGGCAAGCAAACAGAAAUUUAUUAAACUGUAUCAUAAUAUUUUUCUACUCCAAUUAAUGGUGAGACUAGGUCUUCAGUGUUUUUUGGAUAACAUCACUCAGCACUUGGUAGAGGCUGUCGGAGGGUACAAAGACGUUUCUUACCAAACUGGGGCUUUGGGUCAUUCCUGUCACAGUCGCUCUAUGGCAAACAAGAAGCCGAGAUAUUCGGACGAAAGUGUUAAGAAUGUUCUAACAACUACUUCGGAUAUUUUCUCUCCUGAUACUUCAUGUGGUUCAGAACAGAUUGUUACUCCGAGCAUUGAAAAAACAAUGUCUGAAGUUAGUGAAUAUUUAAAAGAAAAGGAUGGCGAUAAUAGAAGUGAGAGUGAACUCUUCCAUUUUGAAAAUGACAAGGAAAGAAAUCAAAGUAGCAGCAGCCGAAGCAAAUCGCCGACUGGUUCGGUCGAUUCCAAUACAGCAGUCAGGGAUACAUUACAGACUCCUUCUCCGUCCACAGAUCAAGUAUCGCCUGGAAAUUCCCGGUUCUAUACAAACUUAACAUUUAAAAACGCCGAUCGCCUCAAAGAGGAGAGAGACGUUGUUCCAGAAAUACGUAAAACAUUGUCACCCAACAUAGAUACGCCAAAACCAAUGUUUACCAGUUAUUUGCAGUUUGUGGAAGAUCAAAGACAUCCCGAUUCUUUGGAGAGCGAACUUUUGGACAUUCCAGAAAGUACAGAAGCUAAUCACACGAUUCCAGUUGUAAAAUCUUUGGGUGAUGACAGAAAAGAGUACAAUGAUUCCUACAAAAUAUCAGAUAUGAGUUCGGAAAGUUUAAUUUGGCUAUCACAUAGAUUAGGUCCGGUUUUGUCUUGUAGAUAUAUAACUAGAAAUCUAUUAAAAAUGCUUACCCUAUGUUAUAUUGGAAAAGAAAAUUUGGCUUCGUGUGAAAUGGAAGACAAAGAUGAAUUUGAUGAGAUAUCUUUAGUGAACAGCGCUGUUGUUGGAGAUCGUAAUGCGAUUAAAGUUAUUAAGUGCCUUACUUCAAUAGUAGGUAUGUACGGGGAACAAUUAAUAAUAUUCCAAUACUUGCCUCACAUGGGCGAGUUAAUAGCUUCGUGUCGGCGACGUUUAUCAGCUCCGCUAGAGGGCGGGGUUGUGGCUUGUCUGCAACUGCUUAAGUACUUGCUGCCUUACAUGGCCGACGGGAAGGUCAUGGAACAGUUACAGGACACAUUCCUCAAAUCAAUCCUUCAGCCAGCUCUACGAUUGGCGUGCACCAGUCGAAGUUCCUUCCCCAGUGGAGCUUCAGCGCGCUGUGCUCUCGCACGAAAACUCCUCGAUGCCUUACAUGCCCUAGCGCUUAGGAUUGGACCGGAGAUGACCAGGAAGCAUUUGUGUGUUCCGGCUUUGCAGAGAUUCUUUCUGGCGUUUGACAAAGCUACGGGUAAAACUGAUAAUUGGCCAAAACAAGAGGACACGAACACAGAAAAGGCCACAGACCAAGAUUCUGAACCAAAAUUAGAAGGAUUCCUGGAGAUUUGUCGAGAUGGUAGUACAGCUGAAUGGGCUGUCCGAGAUGGAAGGGUGGUUAGAGCUGAUCUUCCUGAAUUAGCGUGUACGCCUCCUUCCUUACCAGAUAGUCAUGAUGCUGCUACCCUUACUGCCCAAGAAGAGCUCCUUGUUGUAUUCGACAGAGAAUUAGCAUACCACGCAUACACCAGGUUCACUAAACUAGUCGGCACAGACGCUAUAGAAAGAUCGCUCAAAAACAGCGAUACGAUACGCAAUCUUUGUCAGGAAUAUCGGCUUAAACAUUGUAUUAGCUCACCUCUCCAUAUAACACAAGACAAGCGCGUACAGUCCUCUUUUAGCGAUGAACCUCUGAAAAAAUAUAUAGAUAUUACUCCAAAACAAGAUCUGGAACACAUAUCGAAUUCCAACAGUUUCGGCUCCAAUGUCACUUUAGUAGGGAACAGAAUAGAUGUCGCUAGUGAUGUUUCUUGCGUGCCUAGAGCUGGAUUUGAUAUUGUUGCUUACAAAGGGGACGGAUGUAGGAGUGAUCGCCAUCUGCGCGGCGACUGGCUUAUAUAUUGGGAACACGAAAUCGGUCGAGCUGACAAAGAGGCCAGGUUUAAUUUGAAACAGAUUAAACUGCAAAGUUUUUCCGGCCAUACACAUUCUGUGAAGUCAAUACAUUGCUUGGACAAUGAAAACAGCUUCAUGAGCGGGUCUAAGGACAAGACUGUGCGUUUAUGGUCUUUGAGGAAUAUGGGUGACGGCAACGCGAUCACUCAGUGUAACUGGACUUACACAGGUCAUAAAAAGGGAGUGUUAUCUCUUGCAUUUCUGGAAUCCCUUCGUCUGGCCGUGUCAACUGAUUCGGUUGUUCAUAUAUGGGAUCCCUUUAUGGAAAGUGUUGUUUGCCAGCUGGAUCAUUUAAAAUCUCCAGUGAGUAUAGUACGAACUCUACCUGGACCUUCUAGUGUAAUAGUGGCAGCUACAACGGAUGCCUCGCUCAGGCUGAUCGAUGCCAGGUCUCCUAGCCAUAAUCAUGAGCUGAAGCUACCAUCGAAUACAAGCACGUUCAUCCGCUGUAUGUGCGUAAGUGGGGCAGGGGGGUGGGUGGCAGUGGGGCUUGCCGGGGGACAAGUGGCCAUUUUAGAGCCCCGCACGGGUCUGCCCCGUGCGCAUUGGAGAGCACAUGAUGGAGAGGUACUACGUCUUGCAGCUGUGGAUGAGCACAGAUUGUUAAGCUCUGGUUUAGAUCAAGUUACAGCUCUAUGGAAAGUGGAGGAUGGAGAACUAAUAGCACAUCUCAAAGGGAUCACAGAGCCGGCACACUGUCUCUCGGUGUAUUAUAACGAGCUUAUAUCUGGAACUACUAACAAUCGUAUUGGUGUCCAUACGUCCCUGGACCAGGACUCAUCAUUUUCCAGCACCAAAUUACGAUCUGAUUCAUUCAAAGGAGUUUUGACUUGUAUGUCAGUGUUGCCAUUGAAUAGACUGUUAUUGCUCGGUAGUGAUAAUGGAAAUAUUAGUUUGCUUUGUUGAUGGUGACCAAUCGAUCUUAGAUUAGAAUUAAAUAAAGCAAAUACAAUGGUAAUACAUUCUUAAAUACUUCCAAACAUUCCUACAGAAACUUACUAUAAGUCAUAUAUUAGUUAUAGUUAGGGUUGGACCACAUCUGGCAGCACGGAAUCGCAUAAGUUCCGCCUGUGUUACCAUGUGCCGCGCUGUCGCAUUCCGCAGACAAAAAAGGCAUCGCGCGCGUCAGCAUGCUGCAGCAUAGGUGGCCCAUUGUACGGCAUGAAUGAACAGGCUACAGUGAGCUGACGAGCGACCGCGUGCGCCAUUUUACGAUAGAGUGAGACAGCAUGCUAUCGCGCGCUUCAGCGUUCCGGAGUCUCCCUGCCGACCAUUGCAUUUGUCCGUGAUGCCGAUCGCCUCAAGGAUUCCGCCGCGUGCUAUCGCAUUAUGCUUUGUCUCGGUCUAGCCAAUGGCAGUUCUAAGCGACAGAAAGAGAAAGAGCGACGGAAAAAGGCGAUUCCGUGCUGCCAGAUGUGGUCCAACCCUUAGAAUGCUUUGUCCUAACAUUUAUAUAUGAUCGUGACAAAAUAAUUUACUAAAUUAAACUUACCACAUUUUAAUAGUAUAAAUAUUAUUUUGAAUAGUUUUUAAUUAUUACACUAUGUGAUGUUGUUUUGAUUGGUCUAAGAGGUGAGACGAGCUAAUAAUGAAGAGUAUAAGAGAUAAAUUUGUGAAACUGGAGAAAUACAAAACAAAUGCGGCAGCUAACCAUGUUAACCUACAUACGUAAAUUCUACUCAAUUGUUUUUUUUUAUUAUUUUUUUUAUAGUAGAAUGACGAUAACAACUUAAGCUGCGAAAACUAGACUUAGAAGAGGCUGCUAAUGAAUUGGUUUAAUGAGAUUUUUAGAUUCUAGUUAUGUAAUAAUUAUCUAAGUACAUUUAUUUGAUAGAAUUAGGGUCGGUUUCACAAUGUCCGGAUAAAUUCCAAAUAAGCUAUUUGUUACUUAUUGGUAGGAUAAACAGUAUUUUUGCGUUUCACGACUGUCAGAUAGCGCUAUUCAUCAUGAAACGCGAAAUAUCUUAUUCGGAACUUUUAUCUUUCGAAUAAUUUAUGUGUUGCAUAGUUAUUUGGUACUUUAUGCAUACAUUGUGAAACAGACCCUUAAUCUUGCCUAUUAAGAUGGUAUACUUAUCUGUGUUAUAUUUCAUGAGUAAUAAAUAGAAAUUAUAGACAUUUGACAAGUAAGAACCUUGUCAGCAAAAGCGAUUAUUUGUUACUGGUAAGACUAAUUUUUACAACAUUUUCUUAAAUGCAGCUAUAUUUUUUACAAUUAAUAAACGAUCCACAUUCCGUAAUUUGCAUUCCAACAGAGAUUUAAGAGUGUAAUAAAGUUAAAAAUUAACGCUGAUAGAAUUUCAGGUUCAAGUAAAUUAAAUAAUAUAUUUUUUUUUCUCCCAUAUAACCGUUACAAAUAAAGAAGUUUACAGUUGUGACGGUAUUAGGAGUUGUGAUGGUUUCCAAGCUAGGUAAGAACGUGUGAUAUGGAUAACCAGGCUUCCAUUCCAUAGCAAAUUCAUAUUGAGUAGUAAGUACAUAUGAUACUGUAAUAUUUUUUGGCAACUAUUAGGGUUGCCACUUAAAUGAGUAAUCAAACUUCGAUUUAAUUUAAUACGCGAUGCUCUGUAAAGCGUUUUGGAGUACCACUUGGUAAAAAAAUGAAAACAGGCUGCCUCACGUAGUACCUGAGGCAUUUUAUACACAGGUAUGUCAUAUGAAAAGAUUUAGGAUUUAUAAUUUUUCAGUACAGUAUUUUUUAUCCUAAGUACAAAAUGUGGUUACCAAAGACAUGGUUAUUUAAUUCGAUUUUUUUUUAUUAUUUUUAACCGUCUUUGACAUAUAAUAUUGUAAUUUUAAGUUUUUACUCAAAGCUCAAUUAAAAUUUAUAUUUACAAAUGUACAAGAAACUGUUUUACAUUAUAAUUUAAAGAAGUCUACGAGUCUAUGAACAAAAGUAAUCGAUAAAAAGCUUGAUUAUCUGCAUAGUUGUAAGUAAACAGAUUAUAAGUCUUAAAUGUCCAUCAGUCCGCUAAUUAUUAAGAGUAGCAUUUUGACAUAAAUCCGUUGUUAUACGCACUAUGUAUUGUAUUAUAUUAAAGGUAUUUUUUUGAAUAUAGAUAUUUUUAGCUUGUA